AUGAACGCAGCAGCAACACAAGGCACCAAGGCCGCUCCGCCCAAGUUCAAGCAGAAGGAGAGCAGGCAGUUCAAGAGCAAGGCUCCCAAAGCUGGACAGAAGGGGUUUGACAACGACGUCCCGGGGAUGGAUGGACUGGGAGACUCUGCAGUGAUCUGUCCCUGGGAGGCGUUUGGGGACAUGGAGCUCAGCGACCUCGCUCAGUUUGGCAUCGUGUAG